AUGGCUUCAGGAGACACUGAUCAUAUUGAAGUGAUGGACAGUACCGUUUCAAAAAAGACAGAAAGCGCAACAGGACCUUCGAGUUCAGAGGACGAUGAUCGAGACAAAGCUUCGAUUGCUGAAAAAAAUGCACCAUACGACCCGGCAGUGGGCCCCUCGGGGGCGAUCGGCAAGGUGCACAAAUCGGAUCGCAAGAUCGGGCACCGGCGGGUCGGCGAAGGGGGCGAGAUCACAUACAAGAAGAUCCAGUCUUCUCAAAUCAUGGGCUCCAUACAGCUUGGUAUCCAGCACGCGAUCGGCGGGCUGGCGUCCAAGCCUGAGAGAGAUCUGCUCAUGCAAGAUUUUAUGACUGUCGAGACGACAAACUUCCCCCACGAAGGCUCGAAUCACACACCGGCGCAUCACUAUUCGGAGUUCAAGUUCAAAACGUACGCGCCUAUAGCGUUCCGAUACUUCCGCGACCUCUUUGGGAUACAGCCGGACGACUUUCUGAUGUCUAUGUGCAGUGCUCCCCUACGUGAAUUGAGCAAUCCCGGAGCAUCGGGCAGCAUAUUCUACUUGACUAACGACGAUGAAUUCAUCAUAAAAACGGUGCAACACAAAGAGGGCGAAUUUUUGCAGAAGCUACUGCCCGGGUACUAUUUGAAUCUCGACCAGAAUCCCCGCACAUUACUACCAAAGUUUUUCGGACUCUACUGUUACCAAUGCAAUAGUAAGAACGUUCGACUAGUGGCUAUGAAUAAUAUAUUGCCUUCAUCAGUGAAGUUACAUCAAAAAUAUGAUCUUAAAGGCAGCACAUACAAACGAAAGGCAAGCAAAACGGAAAGACAAAAGGGCUCCCCCACCUAUAAAGACCUGGACUUUAUGGAACAUCACACAGAGGGUAUAUUCCUAGAAGCGGACACUUAUAACGCGCUCAUUAAAACUAUGCAGCGGGACUGUCGUGUAUUAGAAAGUUUCAAGAUAAUGGACUACUCCCUCCUUGUGGGUAUUCACAAUCUAGACGAGGCGCAGAAAGAGAAGACCGAAGCAAGGAAGAGGUCAGAUUUUGGUCAAUGCGAUGAUGAUGCUGAAGGAGAACCGAAGAGAGGUGGACUCAACAGAACCAGGUCAUCAGAGCAAAGCAAGGAAGAUUUCGGCGCACAGGUCAAAAGAACACAAUCUAUUAACAGACAGCGGUUGGUGGCCCAUUCCACCGCCAUGGAGAGUAUUCAAGCGGAGAGCGAGCCCAUCGACGAAGAGGAAGACGUCCCGCCGGGCGGCAUUCCCGCGAGGAACGCGCGCGGCGAGCGGCUGCUACUCUUCCUCGGCAUCAUAGACAUCCUGCAGUCUUACAGGCUAAGGAAGAAGCUGGAACACACCUGGAAAAGCAUGAUACACGACGGGGACACUGUUUCAGUGCACAGACCUAGUUUCUACGCUCAAAGAUUCCUAGAUUUCAUGGGCAAGACGGUAUUCAAGAAAAUACCUUCGUCGUUGAAACAUUCACCGUCUAAACGCAAGAGCAUCGCGAAGCCAUCAAAACCGCAGGAAGAAGUAGACACCCCUGGACGCAUAUACGUCGGAAGACCAAUAAAGGACUACAAUCCGGACUACAUGAGGCAAAUAUCUAGAUUGUCACCUAGAUCUUCAUUGAGAUCUAGCAUGAGCGAUUUCACCGAUACCACUAUAUCGACAUGGAAUCAGAGGCACAAUCAGGCCGCUACAGAAUACCCUUCGGUACUCUCCGACCGUUUAAAGAUCCUUGACAGAGACAGAAUUAACACAUUACAGAGGCGAAUAGAUUUUGACACUUCAAAUCUUCCCGGUCCUGGCACUUCUUACGCCGAUAAUGUGUACAGGACUUCUAUUCAAGAACGUAUGGAGUCUCUCUCCGAUCAGUUAACCAAAGUAUUGAGUACGGGAGCGGGUAGUUCGCACAUAAACGGCAGUCUAGCCGACAGCGGUAUCCAAACUGACAACACCAGUACAAGUGUACCUCAAAUAUACGUCGAAUCCCAAACGCCGGUCGUGAAAUUCGUCAAGGACGCAGCGGUAGACACUAGGAACGAAAACAAUCUACAAGAUAUACCUUUUAUAGACGACGAGGACGAAGAGAAUAAAUUAACGAAGAGGAGAUUGCACGGUUUAGAGAAACACAAAAGUAUGUCUAACAUACCAGAAAGAAUAGACGAGGUCAGUUCCUUAGAGCAAUCGAAUGAACGCCUUUCAAACAGUUUCAAUAGAGCGAAAUCUCCUACGUUCGUUGAGAAAUUCAAGAAGUUCUUUAUCGAUAUAGGUCUUGUUAAAACUGUUAGUGCGCCUAACACGGAAAACACCACCACUCCACCGAAAACGAUAUCAAAUACAUUACCGAAGAGUUUGAAUUCGAGUUAUAGGACGAGAAGCGUAUCACCGAAGCCUUUGGAAACGAGAGAAUCUUCGACUUUACCGAAAGACAUGAGGUUUAGAAAAGUGAGAUCGACGCAAACGGUUUAUAUUAAGCAAGAAUCACCUUUGCUCUUGAAGAGGAACCAAGAGGUGCAAACCAAUGAGCACGUUUCUGUAGUCCAAUUGAAUGGUAAUGAAUUCAUAAAGGACUCUGAAUCGGAGAGGAUAGUUAAAGAAGUUGUGUAUGUGAAAUCUAUAGAGAAAGCCGAGAUUUAUACGGGCAAAGACAGUGGUAGUACUAUAAUUGUUAUACCACCAGCCGAUUGA